CAUUGGCCCCCCCUGCCUCCUGCGCAAGAGGUUGAGAAAAGCACCCCAGCCGAGUCCAAGUGGGCUUGUUCGACGGGAAAUGCCAUUGAGUCGCGGCACAGCGACCUUAUUUUCGAAGCUGUUGCCGAUUCGCCAUCACCAAUCCUUGGUGUCGACGCUUAAAGGCAGGGAUCAUGGGGUUUCCUGGUGACUUGUCCGAGGUUCCUGGACCCCCUGCUCUGUUGAACCGGGACCCUGGCAUCCCAGCAGCGCCCACUCUCCGGUCGAAACACGUUAGUUACUUUGGUUGAUGAGCAUCUUCCACAGCCCUGUUCUUCCUCCUUGCUUCCUGGGUCCAGCGGCAGCAAGGAUCCCGUCCAGCCCUCCACCACUCUCCAGAGAUAAUAUUUCCGAUUCUGCUUUCAUGGCGCGGAGAGCCCCGGAUCCAGUCCAGAACUAAAGCCUCGAGGGCACCGCAAACCAUCGUCACUAAAACCUCCGGCGGUGUUGUACCCGUCGAGUGACAUGACGGCCCAAGACCACCAUACCUUGCCUUGCCUAGCCUCCCUUGUCCGUCUUUUCUUACCCGCUUCCUCGUUGCUCCGACUAGACGCCGCUUGCUAUUAGUCUUUCACAUUUCUGCCACCAUCCCGCAGAGCCACACAGCUUGUCAUUCUUUACAUCUCUCUACCCUCCGCGCAACCUACAUCUGGUGCUUGUCUCCCCUACCGGUUUCCAUCCUCCACGACCCCACGCCGCCCUCUUUCGUUUUGACUACGCUUGCUUAGCAUCUUGCUCGCUGCUUGCGUAUAUCAUACAAGCUGGCAUCCUCUCGACGGAUCACGGAGAGUCUACCCGCUAAUCAAGCUGUUGCGUAACAGAUGCCACUUGGUGUCAGCAUCUUCGACAGUUGAUCAGACAGCAAGGCAGCCGUGCCUCUUUCUUGUCUGCUCUGCAGUCCUGUACUCGGAAGGCGGAGCUCAGACAAGCAAGUCAUUGGGCGUUAGGAAUCUAGCCGGCUUUGGGUCACACAGAGCUACAGCACAACGGAUACGCUUCAACGUCGCCAAAGAUAAUCGUUGUGCCCUCGUUGCCCGGACGCGAAGAGAUACGAAUAGUGGAAAAGCUCAACCUGCAGAACACGGCACUCGCUCUCCCGGAGGAUAUCAUAUUGCACACCAAAGAGUUUUCUCGGAAUACUUAACCGUGUGUUUGGUCCAGUACGGCAACCUUCCAACCGCAGGACUCGACAAACCGUCUGUAUGUUCGUGGAGCGCCGUUUGCAUACCGUCCACCGACUUGGGGAGCCUGUGGAGUCUUCUUUGAACCAGACUCACGAGCACUGGUCCGUUGAACCGCGCUCCGCCAUGGCUGCGUCGUCGCACAACCCAUAUCCACGAUCUCCUAAUCCCUCCACCAGGUCGUACGACUCAUCUUCAGUCUCCUCUGCCACAUCUCCGAGACAACCUGCCCAGUACAUCCCGCGAGGUCUGAUGAACACUGGGGCGAGAACAACUGCGGCACCACCUCCUCAGCCCAUUGGGAUCCCACCUCUACCGCCGAUGAACCAAAACGCCUUUACGCCCUACACACCAGUGACUGCUGGCUCAAUGAUGGGCCGCGACUCUCUGCCAUCGGCCGAUUCCGUGGCAAGCACACCUGGCCCGUCAACAGCUUCACUACCCCCAAUUUCCCAAGCUCAGAAGAGGGCGUACAGGCAGAGAAGGAAGGACCCGAGCUGCGAUGCAUGCCGUGAGAGAAAGGUCAAAUGCGACGCUACAGAGACAACGAGUUGUUCAGAGUGUUCAAGCCGCAAUGUCAAGUGCCAAUUUACAAAAGAGACUAACCGACGGAUGUCCUCGAUCAAGCAGGUGCAGGACCUAGAGAAGCAGAUGGAACGCCUCAGGCGGGACAAUCUCAACUUGAAGAGAGCGCUCCAGGAGCGAGACGGUGCGAUGGACGUGGAUCCGGAUGGUCUCGAGCAAUUGCCCCUUCAGCUACCGGAGCUAGGUGUCGAGAUCAAGCGAAGGAAGCGGCCAGCCCCUAUUCACGACUUGGCGCGGGCAAGAUCGAAUAUGCGCAUUUUCUCCAGAGGCAUCUGGAAAGCACCUGCUCAGUACCGCCAGGCACCUUCGACGCCUUUGUUUGAUCCUCAGAGACCAGACUUGCCUCCCAGGCAGACGACUGACCAGCUCCUGCACACGUAUUACGGCUCCGCGCACACCAUGUUCCCCAUCCUUCAUUGGCCAACAUUCCAGAUGGGAGUCGAAGACCUCUACAGAAUUGGCAACACGAAAUCCGUGCAGCCGGCAUGGUUAUCGACGUUCUUCGCGGCUCUGGCACUCGGCAGCCUAUUCACCCAGGAUCCCCAUCGCGCGUUCCGGGCGGCGGAACUACUGGAAGUUGCCAGGGGUAUGAUCGACCCUUGGAACAACGACUACGUCCUUGACAACGUACGCGCACUGCUUCUCGUUACUCUCUGUCUCAACGAGAUGAACCAGAAGUCUGCUGCCUGGACAUGGCUAGGCACGGCAGUACGAGCUGGACAAGACUUGGGAUUGUACUCGGAAUCCGGACCGUGGCCUGUGAUUGAAGGCGAAACGCGACGGCGGGUAUGGUGGACGAUCUACAUCCUGGACAGGAGUUUGGCUCUCGACCUUGGACGACCAGUGCUGAUCGACGACACUGACUGCGACGUCUCGCUGCCUGCCCCGGUGGACGAUCAUUAUAUUCACGAGGGAGGCAUUAUGGUUCCUCCUGGCCGCGAGCCCCUGAAUCACUCUCUCUUGGCUGUUAUCAACGUCGUCAGGUCAUAUUCUUCUUUGAUCAAGACACUGGCUGCCCCAAUCGUGGUGCCCACCAGGCUCGCAACCUUCGAGACGCACUUCAACGCCUGCCAUGCACAAUUCCCUCAAGUGUGCGACACAGCCAGCACAGGGCAAAUAUCGCCUCACCUCCUGACGCCCUACACCUACCUUCUCCACGCUCGUCUCGCGUUACACCGCCACAACCUGGCUCCGACUUGCCCGUCCGAUGUACGCCUUGCUGCCAUGGAGCAGUGCACUCACAUUGCUCUUGAAACAGCGUCGCUCCUCUCGCGUGCAACCCCGACCCUUGCCGACGGCGCUACUGCCCUCCUCACCACCCACACGUUCCGCUGUGCCCUCUUCCUCCUUCUGGCAGGAUACUGGGACCAUGCAACGACGUGUCUGCGUGCUCUAGCGACCAUAGACUCGAAACGCGAUGUUGCCAUCCCCUGUGGACGAUUCCUCGCCUUCUUCGUAUCUACACUAGGCACGAAGCGCACCGAGUAUGCGGCAUUUGUUGCCCGCACGACGCCUCCGAAACCAUUCGCCCCGCCUCCUCCACCACAUGGCCGUUCCGGACCUACCCCGCUGCAGGAGGCUCUGAUGCAGGACGAGGAGCUCCUGGCAUAUGUCAGCGCUGAUCUGCAGGCGGCGCCAGACUCGGCCUGGGUCUGGGCCGGCGGCGAGCGCGAGGCCAUCCUCUCCCCGACCUCCCCCGGAUCCAUCACAGCUUCUGGCGGUGCCAGCAGCGGGCUCUUCAGCGCUGAGCAAAGAACUGGCUUGAGCGAGGAGGAAGUCAAGGAGUGGGGAGGGUGGGAACGCCUUGAGGCAGCCUUGCGAGGGCUGGCCUCAGGUAACACUACGCCCACGCCGACAUCCGCGACUUGGACGUCUGCUCUACCGGCCGGGAUCAAGACCGAAGGCACGCCGACGUUACCGAGCAUAAUCCCGGGCCCCGGCGAAGGCAGCAGCACCAACAGCCCAACAACGAGCACCAAGGGCCGGCCCCAGGACAGGUUGAGCAUCGCAAACAUCAUUUAGAGAGAGUCAGGGGUUCGGAAUCGAACCUCAUGCUCUCUUCCUGAAGCGGCUCAAUCUUGCAUAGCACGGGGCAGGCCGGUGGAUCGGAGCCCCUAUCGAUAGGGGUCCCCAAAAGCUGCAUAACAACCACUUCUUGGUGUUCCAUUACAUCACAACAAACACUAGGCAACAAAUCAUGACUGUUUACGAACGUCACGGAAAUGAAGCCAUGUAGACCAUGUCAGGCCCCUACAAAGGGGUCUCUGUCAUGAUGGUCCCAUGACAGUAAGCCGGAUUCAAGGAAAGAACUCCGAUGUACGAUAAUGUGUUGUCGCAAGGGGCUUACAACGUCUUCUUCACUCGACUUCUCUCUCAUCUACUUUUCUCUAUUACAAGAGUUACUUUGAUCCGAUCAUUCCUUUUUCUCUCUCUUUUUUCCUUCCAUUCUUUGGAUCUCAACAAACCCUGAGCGGGAGUAGCCAUACAGGCCCCCUCAAACCAUUCGUUAACACCUUAAUGUCUGCACCAUCUUAACAGCAAGAGGCGAGAAGGGCGGAGGUACGGAAGUAGGCCAGAAGCCUAUUCCCGGUUGCUUUUUCUUUUUUUCCUCUUUGUUCACGGCCCGGUUCGCUGGAUGACCGCGCCUGGGUAAAAAAAAAAAAAAAGGGAGUUGCAAACACUUCGAGAAGAAGAGGGCUAUGGCAUAGGGAUGGUUUUUCGUAAUGGACGCGGCACAGCGAGGAGGCGAAGGAGGGGAUGGGGAAGAGGCCGGGCCUUUUUUUCCUUUUGGUGCAAUACCCAGCAGAGAGGAUGAAUUGGGGCUGGAAUCGGUCUGAAUUGGGUGUCUUUUUUUGUCUAUAUGGCAUAUCGCUACUUGUUCAUCAUUUCUUUUUACCCUUUUUUUGUUUGUUACUGUACCACAGGCUUGCAAAACGGGGGUUUAUGUUGUUGUUGCACGGAGAGUUUGGGGGAAAAAAGACGAAAGUGCAAUUGCACCUGAAACCUUUUUUUCUUGCACAAAGGACACUUUUUUAUGUACAAAUGAAGCAAGAAAUGAG